AUGUCAGAGACUUGCCCAACUUGCGACAAGAGAGUUUACGCUGCAGAGUGGAUCCACUGCCUUGACAAGCACUACCACAAGCUGUGCUUCCAAUGCACUCACUGCCACAAGAUAUUGGAGAAGGGUAACUUCUCUGAGCACGGUGGUCAACCAUACUGCAAGACUGACUACGACAGAAUGUUCAGACAGAAGGGUUACGGACAUGGUGGUGUCACUGACUCUUUCAACCCAGCUGAGAAGACUGAUCAAGCUCCAGUUGAGCCAGUUGCCGAGACUUUCUCCAAGCCUGUCUUUGAGGAGAAGAUCGAUCUGUUCCCAACCAACUGUCCAAGAUGUGGAAAGAAGGCCUACGAGAAUGAGAAGAAGGUCUUUAACUCGAGAGACUGGCAUAAAACAUGCUUCACCUGCUUCAUGUGCAAGAAGAGCUUGGUGAGUGGACAAUAUUCAGAGAGGAACGGACUCAUCUUCUGUCCCCGUUGCUACGAGUCUAAGUAUGGAGCCAAGGGCUUCGGAUUCGGUGGUGCCACUGUACUUCAUUAA